UCUUCACAGAACUCUGGCCAGGGACCAUGUCCACCGUGGUAGCACAGUCGCUGCAUGCUUUUGGUCUUCGAUCCCACGUGGCCAACAAUGUAUUCUUCUUCGACGAACAGAUCAUUAUAUUUCCUUCAGGGAAUUACUGUGUGAAGUAUAAUAUGGAUCAGAAAUGGCAAAAAUUCAUUCCAGGCUCAGACAAGAGUCAAGCCAUGUUAGCCUUGUCCAUCAGUCCCAAUCGGCGAUACCUCGCUAUCUCUGAGUUGGUGCAAGAAAAACCUGUCAUCACCAUUUAUGAACUGUCAUCCAUCCCUUGCCGGAAGCGUAAAAUCCUUAAUAACUUUGACUUCCCGGUUCAGAGAUUUACUUGCAUGGCUUUUUCUCCAGACUCCAAAUACCUAUUGACUCAAACAUCGCCUCCAGAGUCCAACCUUGUCUACUGGCUAUGGGAAAAACAGAAAGUAAUGGCCAUUGUUAAAACCGACACUCAGAACAACAUUGUCUCCCAGGUGAGCUUCAGUCCUCAGGAUAACACGCAGGUGUGUGUCACUGGAAAUGGGAUAUUUAAGCUUCUCCGCUUUGCCGAGGGAACCCUGAAGCAAACCAACUUUCAGAGGGGAGAACCCCAAAACUACCUCGCCCAUACCUGGGUGUCUGAUGACAAGAUUGUCGUUGGCACCGAUACAGGCAGGCUCUUCCUCUUUGAAUCUGGAGAUCAACGCUGGGAGACAAGUAUAAUGGUCAAGGAGUCCACCAAUGAGCUGAAGAACCUGGAGAUGAUGCAGGAAUCAGAGAGCUUGAUCGAAUUUCCAACACUCAGUUCCCCAGUCCCUUCCUUUGAACAGAUCUUGGAGACCGAUAGCCACAGCCAGCAGUCCAUGCCCCAGGUGUUUGCCAUUGCAGCCUACUCAAAGGGAUUUGCCUGUUCUGCUGGGCCAGGGCGAGUUCUACUGUUUGAGAAGAUGGAAGACAAGGAUUUUUAUCAUGAGAGCAGGGAAAUCCGGGGGGAGCCUGCCCACUUUGAGUACCUGAUGUACCCAUUACACUCAGCAUCCAUCACCGGUCUGGCUACUUGCAUCCGCAAACCCCUCAUUGCCACCUGUUCUCUGGACCGAUCCAUACGCAUCUGGAAUUAUGAGUCAAACACUCUGGAACUCUACAAGGAAUACCAGGAAGAGGCCUAUACAAUCAGCCUUCACCCGUCUGGUCACUUCAUUGUAGUAGGGUUUGCUGACAAACUACGCCUCAUGAACCUACUCAUUGACGAUAUACGUUCAUUCAAAGAAUAUUCUAUCAGAGGAUGCAAAGAGAUUCGUUCCAUUGCGUGGAAUGCAGAUGACAGCAAACUGAUUUCUUGUGGCACAGACGGUGCUGUAUAUGAAUGGAAUCUGUCCACAGGAAAGAGGGAGACGGAAUGUGUGAUCAAGUCCUGCAGCUACAACUGUGUAACCGUCUCCCCUGAUAGCAAAAUUAUCUUUGCUGUUGGAUCUGACCACACCCUCAAGGAGAUCGCCGAUUCUUCCGUCCUUCGGGAGAUAUCAGCAUUUGACGUUGUCUACACAGCCAUUGUUAUCUCUCACUCGGGCCGCAUGAUAUUUGUGGGAACCUCAAUGGGAACCAUACGUGCAAUGAAGUACCCUCUGCCUUUGCCGAAAGAGUUCAAUGAUUACCAGGCCCAUGGCGGUCCUAUCACCAAGGUGAGAGAGUCCCCUCUCUUCAGGGGUCCAGUCCCAGAACCAGCAGCCAGUAGAGUCUUUGAUAAGGAUGGUCGGGGAAUCAAGCGAGAGAGGGAGGUGGGCUUUGCCGAAGAGGUGCUUGUGACUAAAACAGACAUGGAAGAGAAGGCUCAGGUCAUGUUGGAGCUGAAGACUCGUGUGGAAGAAUUAAAAAUGGAGAAUGAGUAUCAGUUGCGACUAAAGGAUAUGAACUAUUCCGAGAAGAUUAAGGAGCUAACAGACAAGUUCAUCCAGGAAAUGGAGUCCUUGAAAACAAAAAACCAGGUUUUAAGAACAGAAAAAGACAAGCAGGAUGUAUUUCAUCGUGAACGCAUGGAUGACCUCCUGGAGAAACAAACCCGGGAACUGCAGGACCUGGAAUGUUGCAACAACCAGAAGUUGCUUCUAGAAUAUGAGAAGUACCAGGAGUUGCAGCUCAAGUCCCAAAGGAUGCAGGAGGAGUAUGAAAAACAGCUUCGGGAUAACGAUGAGACCAAGAGCCAGGCCCUGGAGGAGCUGACCGAGUUCUACGAGGCCAAACUACAGGAGAAAACCGGCCUCCUGGAAGAGGCCCAGGAAGAUGUCAGGCAGCAGCUUCGGGAGUUUGAAGAGACUAAGAAACAGAUUGAAGAGGACGAAGACCGAGAAAUCCAAGAUAUCAAAACCAAGUAUGAGAAGAAGCUUCGGGAUGAAAAGGAGUCCAACCUUCGGCUCAAAGGAGAAACAGGCAUCAUGAGGAAGAAGUUCAGCAGCCUGCAGAAGGAGAUUGAGGAGCGAGCCAAUGACAUCGAGAGCCUGAAGGGAGAGCAGAUGAAGCUGCAAGGAGUCAUUAAGUCCCUGGAGAAGGAUAUCCUGAGCCUCAAGCGGGAGAUCCAGGAAAGGGAUGAGACGAUUCAAGAUAAGGAGAAGCGAAUCUAUGACCUGAAAAAGAAAAAUCAAGAACUAGAGAAAUUCAAGUUUGUGCUCGACUACAAAAUAAAGGAGCUAAAGAAGCAAAUAGAACCUCGAGAGAAUGAGAUCAAGGUGAUGAAGGAACAGAUUCAGGAGAUGGAAUCUGAACUGGAGCGUUUCUUUAAGCAGAACACGCAGCUGGAGCUGAACAUCACAGAACUGUGGCAGAAAUUACGAGCCACCGAUCAGGAGAUGCGCAGAGAGAGACAGAAGGAGCGGGACUUGGAGGCGCUGGUCAAACGGUUUAAGACGGACCUUCACAACUGCGUGGCGUACAUCCAGGAAGCCCGGUCCCUGAAGGAGAAGGUCCGAGGUCUCUUUGAGAAGUACGUGCAGCGGGCAGACAUGGUGGAGAUCGCAGGGCUGAACACAGACCUGCAGCUGGAGUACAGUCGCCAGCGGGAGCACCUGGAGCGGAACCUGGCCACUCUCAAGAAGAAGGUGGUCAAGGAGAGUGAGCUGCACCGCACCGAUUACGUCCGCAUCAUGCAGGUACCUGCGCGCUCCGGAGACUGUGCCGGGAGCCUGGCCCCAUUACGGCCGCCUCCACCCCGCAUUCAUCCUGCUCUGUCCCUUGCAGGGCCCAGUGAGAUCACACACCGCAUCAUUCCCACCAUGAGACUGAAUGAGCAAGAAGAAACUGGGAGAAUUAUUGAAAUGCAACGCCUAGAAAUCCAACGUCUCAGAGACCAGAUCCAAGAACAGGAGCAGGUCCCGGGGUUCCACCCCAUCAGUGGAGUUCGGCUUCCUUCCCUUGUAACGGCGGUUCAUUCUUUGGCCAAGAUGGACGCUGAGGUGUCCAACAAGUGACUCCCUCUGGUGAGCCACCUCCAGCCACACUGGAGGAAGCACUGCGCAUCUGUCCCCAGGCCAACUCUGGGCUGCAGUCCCUGCGGCACUCCCCGCACCAGCCUCUCUCCUGUCCUGGGGAGUUGGAGACUUGGUCAGAAUAAACGUGUUGGC